CCACGGAUGAACAACAUCCUGACAUCGGCCACCGAGCCCUAUGACCUCUCCUUCUCCCGCUCCUUCCAGAACUUGGCCCACCUGCCCCCAUCCUAUGAGUCUGCAGUGAAGACCCACCCUAGCAAGUACUCAUCCUUGAAGAGGCUAACUGACAAAGAGGCUGACGAGUAUUACAUGAGGAGGCGGCACCUGCCGGACCUGGCUGCCCGCGGCACCCUCCCCCUCAACGUCAUCCAGAUGUCCCAACAGAAGCCCUUACCUCGAGAGCGACCCCGCCGGCCCAUCCGGGCCAUGUCCCAGGACAGGGUUCUGUCCCCGGAGCGGGGCCUGCCCGACGACUUCGGCUUGCCCUACGACCGCAUCCUGUCCGACGAGCAGCUGCUGUCCACCGAGCGCCUGCACUCCCAGGACCCGCUGCUGUCCCCGGAGCGGACGGCCUUCCCUGAGCAGUCCCUGUCGCGGGCCAUCUCGCACACGGACGUCUUUGUGUCCACGCCCGUGCUGGAUCGGUACCGCAUGACCAAGAUGCACUCCCAUCCCAGUGCCUCCAGUAACUCCUAUGCCACUCUGGGCAAGAGCCAGACGGCCGCCAAGCGUCAGGCCUUCGCGUCCCGCAGGCACAACACGGUGGAACAGCUGCACUACAUCCCCGGCCACCACACCUGCUACACAGCCAGCAAGACGGAAGUGACCGUGUGACUGGCGGGGCGGGGCGGGGCGGGGGCCGGGGGCGGGGCGCAGAGCCUGCCUCGGGCCCUGGGCGGCUCCCCUCCCUCGUCCCCCCUGUAGGACGUGGGGGUGGGCCUCCUCUGCCCAGAAAGCCAUACCCCCGGGGGGAGGGGCGGGGGGGGGACACAGCCCGGUGGCCUGGCUCAGCACACUCGGACCUGGGAUCUAGAGCGAUCUCUCUCACUCUUCCAAGAAGCAUCGAGGGGAGUGAGGAGAGGUGCCAGGCCCCAGUCCCACCCCACCCCUGCCCCCAAGCCCCACCACCACUAACUCCCUUUCAGCCCCAUGUCCCUCUCCCCCCUCCAGGGGGCUCAGCGUUGGGUUCUGUCGGCCAAGAGACCCUGGCCUGACCUUGGUUCGAAGCCGCCUGGCUUUGGACUGGCCAGCAGGUGCAGUCAACGGGCUGACCCAAUAGGCUACUUGGUCUCGUUCAUUUACCUACAGCCGCGUCACAGAAAUCUUCUAGUGCCUACAAACUGCCUGCUCGCUCUCUCAGAGCCAGGGAGCUGCUGUGUCCAUAAGCACAAUAACGUUCUCUUCUGCCUGCUGGAACGCUCUGGUCCCCACUGAGUGGCCCUUCCUUCGUUGACCCCCUCGGGGCUCCCCCUGCCCUGUGCCCCUCCCCCAAGGCCUGGGAGAUGGGGAGGGGUUUCCUUUCUUCAGCUGCCUCCCCAGUGUUGGGAACCCCCAGUUCUAGCUGGCUGCCCCCCCCCCGCAGGCCCCCCAGGACCCCCUCCUCUAGCCGUAGCUGUUUGGCCCCUGAGCUCUCUGGGGCUUUGCUCCAGUCCUCCCAGAGGAGAGUCACAAUGGGGUGCAGGGACUUUGGGGGUGCCUUCCCCAGCAACCUAUCUCCACACUUCCUCCAGGCCUCUAGGUCUGAACUAUGACCCGACACUCAGGCCUGC